AUGGCGACCCAGUGGCUUGGAGCUAUCCCUCCUCCUCCAGGUGUCACGCCUAAUAUCAUCGACCCUCCGAGCCAGCGCUCCGGCAAUAUCGCCCUUCAUACAGUAUGCCUCACUCUGGCUACUGCGGCGGCUGCCAUGCGGGUUUACACCCGUACAAUCGUCACCCGUACAAAGAUGGGGGCAGAUGACUCCGUCUCGUUGAAAAAGAUUAUAUUUGCUGAUACAUUUCAAGCAUAUACUCUGGGCAUUGGGCGGCAUUUAUGGGAUACUCCACCACUCUGGGUUCCAUAUGCUUUGAAACAGUGGUUCACCUUUGCGCAAUACGUCUACUUGAUCCUGACCGCAACGAUCAAGCUCACAUUCCUUUUCUUCUACCGACGUGUCUUCUCACCCCAGACGCUAUCAAACAUUCUGAUCACCUUCGGCAUCGUCUUCGUGGCUGUUACCCACGUUGCAAUCCUCUUUGCAACCAUCUUCUCGUGUUCCCCCGUUGCACGCGCAUGGAACAUUGCCAUCCCCGGCAGAUGCAUCAAUCCCACCAUUCUUCCAUAUCUAUCCGGUGCCCUCAGCUCAACAACCGACUUAUAUGUGCUUAUCCUGCCAAUAUACCCAGUCUGGAACCUGCAUAUGAAACUACGCCGCAAAAUCAAGCUUCUCGGCGUAUUCGGCCUGGGUAUUUUUGCUGUAGCUGCUAGUUUGGUUCGACUCGCGGAAACCCCUAUUCUGCAAAGCAAUCCUGAUGCUACGUGGAAUAUUUCUCGGCUGGCUGUCUGGGCUGUCAUCGAAGCCAACGUUGGAAUCUUCUGUGGAUGUUUAUUGCUCCUCCCUGCAUUCCUUGACCGCCACUUGCCCAAGUCCAUCGCAUCCUCGAUCAAGGGGCUAUUCUCUACUUCCAACAGCCGAAAGCUCGAAAAGGGCGGCAGCUCCGAUGCCUCUUCAAAGCAAUACUCCUGGCCUAACUCAACCCAUAGCCACAAGGUCUCAGUAUCUACCUCUUCAAAGCGACACAGCUAUCUAGAGCUCAACCCUUCGAACAGUGUGCACGAUGCCGUUUAA